CCUGGCGUGCGCGCGCAGCUCGCCGCCUGCUCCUGCCCCCUCCUUGGUCAGGCGCCGGGACCCAUUCCGCCCCGCCAGUACCGCGGCGCUGGGUCGCGCGGUGCACUGCCAGCCGAGCCGAGCGCUGUAGCCCCGCGCGGCGACAGCAUGGGCGCGCACCAGCCGGCCCUCGGCCUCCUGCUGCUGCUGCUGCUGUGCCCUGCGCAGGUGUUUUCUCAGUCCUGCGUUUGGUAUGGAGAGUGUGGAAUUGCCACUGGAGAUAAGAGGUACAACUGUAAGUAUUCUGGUCCACCGAAACCCCUCCCAAAGGACGGCGACGACUUACUGCAGGAACUCUGUCCAGGACUCUUCUUUGACAACGUCAGUCUCUGCUGUGACAUUCAACAGCUUCAGACACUGAGGAGCAACCUACAGCUGCUCCUCCAGUUUCUGUCCAGAUGUCCGUCAUGUUUUUAUAACCUAGUGACCCUGUUUUGUGAGCUGACAUGCAGCCCACACCAGAGUCAGUUUCUGAAUGUGACGUUAACUGAAGACUAUGUUGACCCUGAGACGCAGGAGAAUAAAACAAAUGUAAAGGAGUUAGAGUACUAUAUCGGACGGAGCUUUGCGAAUGCUAUGUACAAUGCCUGCCGUGAUGUGGAGGCGCCUUCCAGUAACGAGAAGGCCUUAGGACUCCUGUGUGGAAGGGACAUCCAUGCCUGCAACGCCACCAACUGGAUUGAGUACAUGUUCAAUAAAGACAACGGACAAGCGCCAUUUACCAUCAUUCCCAUAUUUUCAGAUGUUCCAGUCCUUGGGAUGGAGCCCAUGAGAAAUACCACAAAAGGCUGCAACGAGUCUGUGGAUGAGGUCACAGGGCCAUGUAGCUGCCUGGACUGCUCCCUCGUCUGUGGCCCCAAACCCCAGCCCCCACCGCCUCCUGUGCCCUGGAGGAUCUUGGGCUUGGACGCCAUGUAUGUCAUCAUGUGGGUCACCUACAUGGCGUUUCUGUUUGUGUUUUUUGGAGGACUGUUGGCAGUGUGGUGCCACAGAAGGCGGUACUUUGUGUCUGAGUACACCCCCAUUGACAGCAACAUUGCCUUUUCUGUGAACAGCAGUGACAAAGGGGAGGCCUCGUGCUGUGACCCACUUGGUGCAGCAUUUGAUGACUAUCUGAGGCGCAUGUUCACAAAGUGGGGGGCUUUCUGUGUCCGAAAUCCCGCCUUCGUCAUUUUCUUCUCAUUGGUCUUCAUCGCUGCGUGCUCUUCUGGCCUGGUAUUUGUCCAAGUCACCACCAAUCCUGUGGAGCUCUGGUCAGCCCCUCACAGUCAGGCCCGCUUGGAGAAGGAGUACUUUGACAAGCACUUUGGGCCUUUCUUUCGCACGGAGCAGCUUAUUAUCCAGGCCCCCAACACUGGUGUCCAUAUCUACGAGCCAUACCCCUCAGGAGCUGAUGUGCCCUUCGGACCUCCGCUGAACAAAGAGAUUCUGCACCAGGUUCUGGACUUACAGAUUGCCAUUGAAAGUAUUACUGCGUCUUACAACAAUGAAACGGUGACACUUCAGGACAUAUGUGUGGCUCCUCUAGCUCCGUACAACAAGAACUGCACCAUUAUGAGUGUGUUAAAUUACUUCCAGAACAGCCACACGGUGCUGGACAACCAAGUAGGAGAUGACUUCUAUGUGUAUGCCGAUUACCACACACACUUUCUGUACUGUGUCCGGGCUCCUGCCUCCUUGAAUGACACGAGUUUGCUCCACGGUCCUUGCCUGGGUACAUUUGGAGGACCGGUGUUCCCGUGGCUUGUGUUGGGUGGCUAUGAUGAUCAGAACUACAAUAAUGCCACCGCACUUGUGAUUACGUUCCCUGUCAAUAAUUACUAUAAUGAUACAGAGAAACUCCAGAGGGCCUGGGCCUGGGAGAAAGAGUUUAUUAAUUUUGUGAAAAACUACAAGAAUCCAAAUCUGACCAUUUCUUUCACUGCUGAGCGAAGCAUUGAAGAUGAACUCAAUAGGGAAAGUAACAGUGACAUAUUCACCGUCAUCAUCAGCUAUACCGUGAUGUUUCUGUACAUUUCCCUCGCCCUGGGGCACAUCCAGAGCUGCAGCAGGCUUCUGGUGGAUUCUAAAAUCUCACUGGGCAUUGCGGGGAUCCUGAUAGUGCUCAGCUCGGUGGCCUGUUCCCUGGGCAUCUUCAGCUACAUGGGGAUGCCUCUGACCCUCAUAGUCAUUGAGGUCAUCCCCUUCCUGGUGCUGGCUGUCGGGGUGGACAACAUCUUCAUUCUAGUGCAGACCUACCAGAGAGAUGAGCGUCUUCAGGAGGAGACCUUGGAUCAGCAGCUGGGCAGGAUCCUUGGGGAAGUGGCCCCGACCAUGUUCCUUUCGUCCUUUUCUGAGACCUCAGCAUUUUUCUUCGGGGCGCUGUCCUCGAUGCCGGCUGUCCACACCUUCUCUCUGUUCGCGGGGAUGGCUGUCCUCAUUGACUUCCUCCUUCAGAUUACCUGCUUUGUGAGCCUGUUGGGGUUAGAUAUUAAGAGGCAAGAGAAAAACCGUCUGGACAUCCUGUGCUGUGUCAGAGGUGCUGAUGAUGGACAAGGUACCCAGGCCUCCGAAAGCUACCUGUUUCGAUUCUUCAAAAACUACUUUGCCCCCCUUCUGCUGACGGACUGGCUGCGGCCAAUUGUGAUAGCCGUGUUUGUGGGCAUUCUGUCAUUCAGUAUUGCAGUAGUGCACAAAGUGGACAUCGGAUUGGAUCAGUCUCUCUCAAUGCCAAAUGAUUCGUAUGUGAUUGACUAUUUCAAGUCACUCGGGCAGUACCUGCACUCGGGCCCACCCGUGUACUUUGUCCUGGAGGAAGGCUAUAACUACAGCUCCCGAAGUGGGCAGAACAUGGUGUGCGGUGGCAUGGGCUGUGACAAUGACUCCCUGGUACAGCAGAUAUUUAACGCGGCUGAGCUGGACACCUACACCCGCAUAGGCUUCGCCCCCUCAUCCUGGAUUGACGAUUACUUUGACUGGGUCUCGCCACAAUCCUCCUGCUGUAGACUCUACAAUGCCACUCACCAGUUCUGCAACGCUUCUGUGAUGGACCCAACCUGUGUCCGCUGUAGACCUCUGACUCCAGAGGGCAAACAGAGGCCUCAGGGGAAAGAAUUCAUGAAAUUCCUGCCCAUGUUCCUUUCUGAUAACCCCAACCCCAAGUGUGGCAAAGGGGGACAUGCUGCGUACAGUUCAGCUGUUAACAUUGAGGGAGAUGACACUUACAUUGGGGCCACUUACUUCAUGACCUACCACACCAUACUUAAGACCUCUGCUGACUAUAUUGAUGCCAUGAAGAAAGCUCGGCUUAUAGCCAGUAACAUCACGGAAACCAUGCGUUCUAAGGGGAGUGACUACCAAGUGUUCCCAUACAGUGUGUUCUACGUCUUCUACGAACAGUACCUGACCAUUAUUGAUGACACCAUUUUUAACCUCAGUGUGUCUCUGGGCUCCAUAUUUCUGGUGACCUUGGUGGUUCUGGGCUGUGAGCUGUGGUCUGCAGUCAUCAUGUGUAUCACCAUAGCCAUGAUCCUGGUCAACAUGUUUGGUGUUAUGUGGCUGUGGGGCAUCAGUCUGAACGCCGUUUCCUUGGUCAACUUGGUGAUGAGCUGCGGCAUCUCUGUGGAGUUCUGCAGCCACAUAACAAGAGCAUUCACCAUGAGCACCAAAGGAAGCAGAGUGAGCCGGGCAGAAGAGGCGCUGGCCCACAUGGGUAGUUCUGUAUUCAGUGGAAUCACACUUACGAAAUUUGGAGGGAUCGUGGUGUUGGCCUUUGCCAAAUCUCAAAUUUUUGAGAUAUUUUACUUCAGGAUGUACUUAGCCAUGGUCUUACUAGGAGCCACUCAUGGACUAGUGUUUCUUCCUGUCUUACUGAGUUACAUAGGACCGUCAGUAAAUAAAGCUAAAAGACACACCACUCAAGAGCGAUACAAAGGCACGGAGAGAGAACGGCUCCUCAACUUUUAGCCCUGUCGCAGGCUCUGGUGACUGUGUCCAUGGAUAGGUCAAGUUUACUGCAGGACAGCUGCACUGUCAAGGCUGAGCUGGUUCUCCCCAGGAGUUAGGCUGUGUCAGCAGACGCAGCUCCACCCACGCUUUUAAACUCAGGAAUGCAAACUUGUGAACAGUAUUAUGAAUCUGAAGGCAACAGUCACCAGCCCCUACUGGCUAAGAAACCCCAUCUUGGGCACAAGGAAGGACAGUUCUGUAACUUCAAUUUUUUUCAAUGCCUACUUUUUUUUUUUUUUUUUUUUCUCCAAGACAGGGUUUCUGUGUGUAUCCCUGGCUGUCCCGGAACUCAGAAAUCUGCCUGCCUCUGCCUCCCAAGUGCUGGGAAUACCUACUUUUAAUGAUGGUUAUUAAACACCUUCCUUUUAGCCCACCAUCCACCAGAGGUAGUGGGAAAGAAAGGAUACAGGGAAAUGGACCUGUUUAGAAUGGUUCUUUUGGAGCAAAUCCCAUCUGCGUUUUCAGGAAAUCAGCAGUUCACAGGUCAGCAGUGGCAGCUCGACCCACUCACAAACACUUCACAGAUACACCAGCAGUGUUGGGGCAGCAACAGCAGUGGCAUGAACAGGAACAGCCUCAAGUCAGCAGGAGGGACCAAGACCAACAGGAACACCAGAAGUUCUCUGCUGUUCCUCUCUCAGCAAGACUUGAGACAGCAAGCGUUACACAGCUAGCUCUGUAUUUCUCUGGAGCUCAACUACGCAGUGUAAGGCAAACCAACCCUUACAUGCUUGCUUUAGUCAGACAGUCCUUCACAAGUCUGCCUUAGCCUUUCAUGUUUGCCCCAGCAAAACACCAUCCAACACAACUGACUUUCCAAAGAACCCGUAAGUUUCCACUUCAUAACUUCGUGGCUACAAUAAUGGUGACCUGAUCCCCAGUUCUGAAAAGUCAGUCCACAUGCUGUCUCCUUUUUUCAGGAGUUAGCAACAUUUGAAGAUGUUGUAGGUACUUUAUUACAACAUUUUUGUAGUUUAAAGAGCUUUAUUUAUGCAAUAAAUUAACUUUGUACAUUUUUA